GGAGCAGGGGGCAGGGAUGUACGGCGCGAUCCCCUACGCGCUCGCGCAAGGGGUGAUCGAGCUCCCCUACCUGCUUGUCCAAGCUGUGGUGUACUCGUUAAUAACAUACUCGAUGAUUCGGUUCGAGUGGACAUAUGACAAGUUCCUAUGGUACCUGCUGUUCCAGUUUCUCACUCUCCUCUAUUUCACAUGUUUCGGCAUGAUGACGAGCUCCAUCACCCCGGCUGAAGGGCUCGGAAUGCUGCUUUCGGCCUUCAUCUACUCCUUCUGGAACCUUCUCUGCGGCUUCCUCCUGCCGGCGCCGAAAAUCCCCGUGUACUGGAAGUGGUUUUAUUGGAUCAACCCUGUGGCAUGGUCUCUCUACGGCCUUGCUGCUUCCCAGUUGGGAGAUGUAACGACGUUGGUGUGGCGAUGAGAGAGCAAUGCCAUAUCAUCUGAUU